AGACAUCAGACAAGAAGAUAGUGUCCAGUGUACUGGCAAAUAUCUGACACAUUCUCUCUUAUAUUCAUUGACGUGGAAACCAUUUGGAAUUCAAAGUUUUCACAUCAUGUCCAAAUACUGGUUUCUCAUCGUAUUCCUGGUAUGCUGCUUGGCAACGUCCGCAUUAACCAUCGAUAUUGAUGGAGUGGGUUGCUCGCAGCAAACCUGUUAUGCACGAACAGGCAAUCUGGUUAUUGGGCGCCAACUGAAGACACUUUCCGAGUGUGGCAAGGAUAGGGGAGAGAAGUUCUGCGUUCUUGAGUCAUGCGAUAACAUUGAGUGCUACAAGUGCAAUACAAAGAAAGCAAGCAAAGCUCAUCCAGCAAGUCACAUGAUUGAUUCUUCUCUGACUCAGCUCGACACAUGGUGGCAGUCAUCACUCGGUGUGACACCGGAAACAAUUCAAUUAGAUUUUGAAGGCCAUUUCUAUUUCACUUAUCUUGUGAUGGUGUUUAAAAAUGCUCGGCCUGCAGCGAUGGUGAUUGAGCGUUCCGACGAUUUUGCCCAGACUUGGCGGAAAUACGCCUACUACUCCAACAAUUGCACGGCGCAGUUUGGAAUGGCCGAAGAUGAUGACGUAGACAGUGAUGGCGCAGUCUGCACCUCGCGAUACUCCCAAAUUCAACCGUGUUCCAAUGGGGAGGUCAUAUUUCGAUCACUUCUUCCUACGCGUGGACGGUUUGAUCCUUACGGCAUGGAAGCCCAGGAUCGAAUGAAAAUUACAAAUCUACGAAUAAAGCUACUGAAAUCUCAGCGUUGCAUUCCAUGUCAAGCCGAGAUUAACAGCAUGGAGUAUAAACUAUCCAAAAUGGAUUACUUCGCGGUGUCUAACGUCAUAGUCGGAGGAACAUGCUUCUGUAAUGGUCAUGCUAGUGAAUGUGUCCCUUUGUCAGUGGAGAGUUCAGAUAACCAACCACCAAACAAGGUUCACGGCAAAUGUGUAUGUCAACACAACACUGAUGGUGACGACUGUGAACAGUGUCUGCCAUUAUUCAACGACGCCCCCUGGAGGCCGGCUAAUGGUUUAACUGGUGAACCGAACCAAUGUAAACAAUGUGAAUGCAAUGGACAUGCCGAUUCCUGUCAUUUUGAUUCUAAGUUAUGGGACUCGACGAAUUACGUUACUGGCGGAGUGUGCGACAGCUGUAAGCAUCACACAACUGGCACAAAUUGUCAACUGUGCGAAUCUGGUUAUUAUAGAGAUUCUACAAAGGAGUUUACUGCAGCAAAUGCAUGCAAACGGUGUCGAUGUGAUCCUACUGGUACCAGCAAUCGUCCAUGCGAUGAAGCAAGCGGUAUAUGUUUCUGUAAGAAAGGUGUGGCCGAACCACUAUGCGAUAUGUGUCUACCUGGUUACUAUGGUUUCGGUAGAAAUGGAUGCCGUGAAUGCACAUGUGGGGAGGGCAUUGGUUGUGACGCGAACACAGGUGCUUGUCCCAAGACGACACGAAGAAAUAGAAAGAACAAUCGUGAUACGAGUAGGAAUUCCAAAAGAAGAGAGCGACAGUUUCGUUUGUCUGUCGGAUAUGAUGGCUGUGAUUGUCCUGAACAACAAUUAGGAGACAUUGAUUUAUGUCAAUUCGAUUAUGUUCUACGGGCUAAAAUUCUGUCAGCCGAUGACAAAGGAAGUCAAGUUGUCGUAAAUGGUAACAUCAAACGUGUACUCGCUACAAGAGGAGACGCUGAACUCACAGAGGGCGCUAUUCGUUUGUAUCCUAUCUCUUGGACCGAGAUUGGAUGUACUUGUCCCCUUUUGAAGAUGGAUCAUGACUAUCUAAUCGCUGGAAAAUGGGACUCGCUCACAGGAAGGUUACUCAUUGAUCAAAGAAGUGUUGUUAUUCACUGGGAUAGAAAUGUCGGCAGGGAGGCAACAGAAUUUUUUGAAAAAAAAUGCUUGUAAUUGUGUUGUAUUUAUGUCUUGAGACCUGACUACCUCAAUUGGACAGUGGUAUUGUCGUGUUUAAUUCUGCAAUACUGCGUGACCCACAUGUUACGUUUUGCCGAUGUUUACUGUAUUUAAGUAUAAAAUCUCAAGAACACAUGUCAUAUAAACGACGAACCAUAUGUUAAAUUCAGCGGUUACCAUGUGUCAGUGGGAUUUGUUACGUAACACUAGAAUGUGAUAUUCACACUCUUGCAAAUAUGUUAUUGUUUUAUACAACAUUUAUAUUUAUAUUAAUUUUAAAUUCAUCUAAUUCUGUUAAGCCCACUAAGUUAUAUAUUGGAAUCUACUAUAAUGUCGUACAUUAUAGUAUUUAUAACUGUAUAUUGGACACUCAGUGUUAUACAAAACUGAUAUUUAUAGCUGUCUAUUAGGCACAAAAUGUCUUACAAGACUAGUAUUGAUCGUUCAUAUUUAUAUCAGUAUGGUAACGAGAAUAAAAAGCUUGUUGUAC